AUGAGUCCUGAACAUUCACACACUCACGCUGAACCUUUAGAACCUCUACAGGAACAUUUAAAACCUCUACAGGAACCUUUAGAACCUCUACAGGAACAUUUAAAACCUCUACAGGAACCUCUACAGGAACCUUUAAAACCUCUACAGGAACCUUUAGAACCUCUACAGGAACCUCUACAGGAACAUUUAAAACCUCGACAGGAACCUUUAGAACCUCUACAGGAACAUUUAAAACCUCUACAGGAACCUUUAGAACCUCUACAGGAACAUUUAGAACCUCUACAGGAACCUCUACAGGAACAUUUAGAACCUCUACAGGAACAUCUACAGGAACCUUUAGAACCUCUACAGGAACCUCUACAGGAACAUUUAGAACCUCUACAGGAACAUUUAAAACCUCGACAGGAAUCUUUAGAACCUCUACAGGAACAUUUAAAACCUCUACAGGAACCUUUAGAACCUCUACAGGAACAUUUAAAACCUCUACAGGAACCUCUACAGGAACCUUUAAAACCUCUACAGGAACCUUUAGAACCUCUACAGGAACCUCUACAGGAACAUUUAGAACCUCUACAGGAACCUCUACAGGAACCUCUACAGGAACAUUUAAAACCUCUACAGGAACAUUUAAAACCUCUACAGGAACAUUUAGAACCUCUACAGGAACAUUUAAAACCUCUACAGGAACCUCUACAGGAACAUUUAGAACCUCUACAGGAACCUUUAAAACCUGAACGCCUCUCCUCUGACUACAAACUCUGUCAGCACAAAAACCCAUGA